GUUUGCUUGAACGUUGAGAAGGUUGUGUCAAAGCAGAAACAUAUUUUUGUUAACCUAACAUAAAACCUGAUUUGUAAAGUCAGCGAUAUGAAGUCUCUUAUUGCUUGUGUCAUCAUUCUCUUCGAAGUGAGUCAGAUAUAUGGAUUAGACCUUGUGAAACAAUUGCCUGAGGUGCAUGGCGAUAAGUUUUACUAUUUUGGAUUUGGUAGCAAUAUGUUGGCCAAGCGCAUUCAUAUUCAAAACCCAUCUGCAAAAUUUCUGCGUGCCGCCUUGUUAAAUAAUUAUCGUGUCGACUUCAGCAUGCCCUCUAAGUUCUGGAAGGGAGCAGUAGCAACGAUAGUACCUUCACAGGGUGCUAAAACCUGGGGCUCGUUGUGGGAGAUCGAUUUGGUCAAUUUGCCGGACAUAGACAACCAAGAACGUGUUCAUCUUGGCUGGUAUAGACCUGUCAGCGUACGAGUGAAACUGCAAAACAAUGACCCAGAGAUUCCAGCACGUCUUUAUGUAAUAACAAAUGAACCGAAAGGCAAUGUUCACGAUUUGCCACCAAGUGAAGUUCCUGAGGAUCGACAACCUUCGAAGACCUACCUCCAAGUGCUUGUCAAGGGGGCGAUUGAGAGCAGACUUCCUGAAGAAUAUGUUACUUGGCUGACAGAGUUUAAGCACAAUAAUCAAACUGUGCAACAUUUGGAAGAGAUUCUUGAGCUGCAAUCGGUGGCGUUUUAAAAUUGAAAAUGAGGAACAGUAGUACAAAUACUUUUGUGAAAAUAGCUCAUAAUCUAAUUUAGUGUGCCGUUCUCUAAUCAUAGCGCAAGUUAGGAUGUCAUUGAACAUCUUUGAAAACAAUGUCAGAGACUAUUUACAAUUUUGCUGAAUAAAUGUUUGUGUCUAUUUCA